AUGGCAGCAGAGGCAGAAGUCCAAGAGCUGGAAUCACGCUUCCUGGUGCCUGGAGAUUUAUUAAUUUUGACAGGGAACAAAGUACAAAUGCCAUGUGAUGCCAUUCUGAUUGAUGGCAGCUGUGUAGUGGAUGAAGGCAUGCUAACAGGAGAAAGUAUCCCAGUCACCAAAAUGCCGUUACCCAAGAUGGAGAGCUUGCUGCCCUGGAAAGUGCAGAGUGAAGCAGAUUAUAAACGGCAUGUCCUAUUCUGUGGAACGGAAGUGAUCCAGGCCAAAGGAGCCUGUGCGGGGGCUGUGAGUGCCGUGGUGCUGCAGACCGGCUUUAACACCGCCAAAGGGGACUUAGUGAGAUCCAUUCUCUACCCCAAGCCGAUGAAUUUUAAGCUCUAUAGGGAUGCCAUCAGGUUCCUUCUGUGCCUCGUGGGGACAGCCACCAUUGGGAUGAUCUAUACCCUGUGCGUCUAUGUGCUCAGUGGGGAAUCGCCUGAGGAGGUAGUGAAGAAAGCCCUUGAUGUCAUCACCAUCGCUGUCCCACCUGCUCUCCCUGCCGCCCUGACCACAGGCAUUAUCUAUGCCCAGAGAAGACUGCAGAAGAAGGGCAUCUUUUGCAUUAGUCCCCAGAGGAUUAAUGUAUGUGGACAAUUAAACCUUGUCUGCUUUGACAAGACAGGCACCUUAACCAGAGAUGGCUUGGAUCUCUGGGGAGUCAUUCCAAGUGAAAAUAACAGCUUUCAAGAAAUCCACAGCUUCGCCUUGGGCAAGGCUUUGCCAUGGGGCCCACUGUGUGCGGCCAUGGCCAGCUGCCACUCUCUGGUCCUUCUAGAUGGGACCAUCCAGGGAGACCCACUGGACCUCAAAAUGUUUGAAGCCACCUCUUGGGAAAUGGAUGUUUCUGGGGACAAUUUCCACAUCAAGGGAGUGCCAGCUCAUGCCAUGAUUGUGAGGCCUUGCAAAACAGCCAGUCAGGUCCCAGUGGAAGGAAUUGCUAUCCUGCACCAGUUCCCAUUCUCAUCAACAUUGCAGAGGAUGACAGUCAUUGUUCAAGAACUGAGGGGUGACCGACUGGCAUUCAUGAAAGGUGCACCAGAGAAGGUGACAAGUUUUUGUCAGUCUGAGACAGUGCCAACUAAUUUUGCUAGUGAACUUCAGAUUUAUACAACACAGGGUUUCCGGGUCAUAGCAUUGGCCUAUAAGAAAUUGGAAACUGACCACCACAUCACUGCCUUGACGAGGGAGAAGGUGGAGACAGACUUGAUAUUUCUGGGAUUGCUGAUCUUGGAGAACCGAUUGAAAGAAGAGACAAAACCUGUCCUGGAAGAACUCAUCUCAGCCCGAAUAAGGACAGUAAUGAUCACAGGUGACAAUCUUCAGACAGCAAUAACAGUGGCCAGAAAAUCUGGGAUGGUUUCUGAAAACCAGCGAGUAAUUCUUCUUGAAGCGAAUGAAGCCAGUGGAUCUUCCUCAGCAUCUGUAUCUUGGAAAUUAGUAGAAGAAAUGAAACACAUUACAUAUGGGAAUAAGGACAAUUACAUUAACAUCAAGGAGGAAGUCCCUGGUAAUAACAGAGAAGGAAGUUACCAUUUUGCCCUGGAUGGGAAAACAUUUCAGGUUAUAAGUCAACAUUUUAACAGCCUACUACCAAAAAUAUUAAUCAAUGGGACCAUCUUUGCAAGGAUGUCUCCUGGGCAGAAAUCCAGCCUGGUGGAAGAAUUUCAGAAACUGGAUUACUUUGUCGGAAUGUGUGGUGAUGGAGCCAAUGACUGUGGAGCUUUGAAAAUGGCUCACGUGGGCAUCUCUCUGUCACAGCAAGAGGCAUCAGUAGCCUCACCUUUCACCUCCAAAACUCCAAACAUUGAGUGUGUACCCCAUCUUAUCAAGGAAGGGCGUGCGGCUCUCGUGACCUCCUUCUGUAUGUUUAAGUACAUGGCUCUGUACAGCAUGAUUCAGUAUGUUGGUGUUCUGCUGCUCUACUGGAAUACAAACAGUCUUUCAAAUUACCAGUUUCUGUUCCAGGAUUUGGCCAUUACAACUCUUAUUGGUAUAACAAUGAGUCUGAAUGGUGCUUACCCCAAGCUGGUGCCUUUCAGACCUGCAGGUCGGCUCGUCUCCCCACCUCUGCUGCUCUCUGUGAUCCUUAACAUCCUCUUCAGCCUGGUCAUGCACAUUGUGGGCUUCGUCCUGGUGCAGAAGCAGCCGUGGUAUUCCACAGAGAUGGUCAGUGCCUGCCCUGUCAAAAAUGAAAGCAUCUCAAAGUUAACCAUUUCCCCAACUGCUCCAGGAAAAAUGGAAAGUAAUGGUACCUACCCAAGUAUUGAGAACACCACUAUAUGGUUCUUGGGAACAAUCAACUGCAUCAUUGUGGCUCUUGUAUUCUCCAAAGGAAAACCAUUUAGGCAGCCCAUCUAUAAAAACUAUGUAUUUGUCCUUGUGUUGAUCAUACAACUGGGUGUGUGUCUGUUCAUUCUCUUUGCCAAUAUUCCAGAAUUAUACAGGUGUUUGGAUCUUGUCUGCACCCCUACCCUGUGGCGAGUUUACGUUGUCAUCAUGCUAAGCGCCAAUUUCCUUGUAUCCUUCUUUGUGGAGGAGGCUGUUAUUGAAAACAGAAUGUUGUGGACAGAAAUCAAAAGACGUUUUGGCUACCAAUCAAAAAGCCAGUAUCGGAUAUGGCAGAGAGCUUUGGCAAAUGACUCCAGUUGGCCUCCACUAAACCAAACCUCCUACUGUGACAUGUCAGGGUGUGGCAGGGAGGUGUCCUACAGCAAUCCCGUGUUUGAAAGUAAUGAAGAACAACUUUGA